AUGGCGUCAGAAACGUGGAUCGGAGUCUGCGUUCAUUGCGCAGACCUCCUUGCCAACGUCCCCAUCUCCAUCCUCCUCUUGACCGUUGUCGCAACUCUUAUCGGAGCGUUUGUUCUGUCCUACGUUAUCCUCUUCCUCGUCGCCCCCGUCCCGCGAACCCCCUUGCCAGAAGAGAAGAAAUACCGCACUCUAUCGAAGGAUGGAUCAAUUACGGAGCCCCAGCAAUUGCCUUGCUGGUAUGAUACCUUGACCAAACGCACCGUUCGGAUGCCGGACCAUGCUGCCAUGGAAGAGCCCGAGCUGUUCAUGUCCUUAGUGGUGCCGGCCUACAACGAAGAGGACCGCCUCGGCGGUAUGCUCGAAGAAGCGGUGAACUAUCUCGAGCGCAUGUAUGGAACAUUAGCCAGUCAUGCAGAGGAGGGGGUCCACGCGUCGGGCGAAAAGGCGACUCGGCGACGCACCGCCGCCCAGCAGCCAUUGAAUGGUCAAGCUGCAAAUGGCCGGGCAAAUAGCGAUCGGGGCUGGGAGAUUAUCCUCGUUUCGGACGGAUCCAAGGAUAGAACGGAGGAGGUGGCGUUCAAUUUCGCUCGCGACCAUCAGCUCUCGCUGCAUCCUAAGGGUCACGCUGGUCCCUGGACGCCUAGGGUUCAGGAGGGUGUUCAUAUACCGCCCGGGACGAUACGCGUGGUGACAUUGGCUCAGAAUAGGGGGAAGGGUGGAGCCGUCACGCACGGCAUGCGACAUGUUCGUGGCCAGUACGUAGUUUUUGCGGACGCAGACGGAGCGAGCAAAUUUGAGGAUUUGGGAAAGCUUGUCUCCGCUUGUCAGGGGGUCGAGGAUUCCGAGGGCCGCGGCGUCGCGGUGGGCUCUCGAGCUCAUAUGGUUGGGAGUGAAGCUGUUGUCAAGCGCUCGAAGCUCCGCAAUUUCUUGAUGCAUUCCUUCCACCUGAUCCUGUGGCUCUUGACUCCCUCGAAAACGGCUACGAUCAAGGAUACUCAGUGCGGGUUCAAGCUGUUUUCUCGCAGCUCGCUGCCCUACAUUAUCCCCUACAUGCAUUCGGAAGGGUGGAUCUUCGACGUGGAGAUGCUGAUGCUGGCUGAAUUUGCGGGCGUGUCGGUGGCCGAGGUCCCCGUCGGGUGGAGAGAGGUCAAGGGGAGCAAACUCAACGUGCUUCGCGACAGCAUCGGCAUGGCCUGGGGUCUGGCCGUGCUGCGAGCGGCCUGGUCGCUCGGCGUCUAUAGACGGACGUGA